UCCAAUGAAACCUCACUGUAGGACACUUCCGAUGCCUUUUGCCUACUCGAGACUUGUUGGAGUCCACUAUAACUUUCAUGUGGAUCCGAAUCCCCUUCUGCGCAUGUAUUGUAUUUGGUAAUCAACUGCUUACAUAGUAGCUGCGUAUUAUUUUAAGCUGUCUUUCUGGUAUUUGACAGCUGGACUAACUUUUUUUUUCCAGUCCAGUAAAAGAAAAGACAAACUUUCUUGCAAUAGUGUGGAACCCAUUGGAUAAGGUGACGCUUUUUCAUUUAGCAUCCCUUUCCUGUAACUAAACCUACAUGACGCUUCUUACCGAAAGCAAAACGCAAAUUUGGCACACUUUCCGCGCUUUAUCCGCUACAUCGCCUGCGCGCAUCACCAACCAAGCAGAGCUUCAGUUUUUCAAGCUACACUGCAAAAAAUAUCCACCUACCACUUAUUAUUUUUCCGUUAACAUCUUUUAUGAAAAGUUCUUAAACUGUAUUUUCAUUAAGUGUGGUGAUUUCACAUUCAUAGUAGACGUUUUCAAUCUAUUUGGCGCAAAGUUGGACUCUAAGACUCACUUUAAAUAACGUAAAGUCGUCAUUUUUUGCAGCGUUGGCAGUAAAACCACGUCAUUCUGUCAAAAAAAAAACCUCCCCCUUUUUCCUCCCUGUUGGACCAACAUCCACAGUUAAGAACAACUGGAUAAAGAUUUUGGAUCUGAAGCAAAACCAUGAUGACCGGAUUUCGGCUGAACUUGUCACCGCUGAAGGAGCCGCUGGGCUUCGUUAAACUGGUGGAGUGGCUCACAGCCAUAUUUGCUUUUGGAAGCUGUGGCGGGUUCUCAGGGAGGAACAUCAUAUCUCUCUUCUGUGGCGAUGGCAGGAACGAAACUCUCAACGCCAACUUUCACUACCCAUUUAGGUUAAGCCAGGUCCCACUCAUUGAGGGAAACACCACUAUUUGUAAUCACUCCGUCACGGCGACACACAUGGUGGGAGACUCGGCCUCCUCGUCGGAGUUCUUCGUGGGCGUUGCCAUCAUCUGCUUCCUGUAUAGCAUGGUGGCUCUGUUGGUUUACUUGGGCUACAUGCACGUCUACAAGGACUCUGACUUUGGACCCAUUUUUGAUUUUAUGAUCACAGCGGCCCUGGUGUUCCUGUGGCUGGUGUGUUCAUCCGCCUGGGCAAAGGGCCUGCAGAACGUGAAGGAUGCCACGGACACCGAUGGCAUCAGCGCCACGCUGGCACUCUGCAAGGGGAGUAACAUCACCUGUGAGGUCACGGAGUUCGCCAACAUGCGGACGCUCAACAUCUCAGUGGUGUUUGGCUACCUCAACAUGUUUGUGUGGGCAGGCAAUGCCUGGUUUGUGUACAAGGAGACCCGCUGGCACUCUCAGAAAUUCUCCUCCCCACCCGGACCUGGAAGGCAACAGGUCCCUGCGCCCAUCUAACAACACACACUGCAACACACAUGCACACACAAGUAACCACAGACACAGAGGAGACAGACACAAGCAGACUCGGAAACAGACACAGUUAGAGCACAGGUACACACACACAUGCACACACACAUAAUGCUCUGUGAAGACAAGGAGAUGAAGGAUAAAUUGGUAGAUGAUCAAUAUAAAAGCUGUUGUCUUGGAUUUGGACCUUUUCAGCACAGUAGCAGCUGUCCUACAAUGCUACAAGUCAUAGGAGAGUUGAAUUGGCAUUUUAGAACCCAUAUCAUGCCCUGCACAUUCAUGGUACACUUUAACUGUUAAGAACAGUUCUGAAAGACAUGUAAAUUUCCCCAAAAAUAUUCUCUAUAGGGCGAAAGCAACCCUGCAGGGGUGGCAGUACAAGGAGAAGGAGGCAUGAUACCUAUAUUUCAUGUGUAGAUUAGCUUUUAUGUUUUAUUUUUACCUGUUCCAUGUAUACUAUAGCAACACCAAUGCAAUUAGUAUGUCAAAACCUUUAUUUGUGCCUGCUUACAACAACACCAAGAUGGUUUCUUAUGCUUUAGUAAGCAGAUAGGCGUGCAGACAAUGACCAAAUGUGUUCACAACUUGAGCUUUAUAGCAGCGUUAUGGCUCACAAAGUCUAGCGGUUCUCUCACUUCCCUGUUCCCAUUUUAGAAUACUGGUUGAAAUUGUUAUGCUUAAUUAUAUGCUGAUGAAUGUAAGGUACUUUGUUGAUUUAAUUUUCUGUCGCAAUAAGUAUAUAAAUGUGAUCACGAUUUUCAGGGUGACAGAGAGGUAAUGUUGUCUGUAGUGCACUAUGAAUCUCUAUACCUUAUUAUCAUAUCAGAAAAUUACAUUCAUUGUACUGUAUUUUACUGACAUACAGUAUAUUGCAUAAAUUUGAUAUUGGCCUUAAUAUUGAGCCAUACAUUGCGUAUGUCUUAAAUGUGUGGACUUAUUGCACGUUUUGUAUGUUUUUAGAUUAAAAGCGUUUGUGUAUGCACUCAAAUAUUCAUUCAUUCAUUCAUUGACUCUCUCACAGUUACACCGUUUGCCACCUAGUGGCUAAAACAAUCACAUUUUUUAAUUUUCCUCCUGUCUGCAAUAGUGUGAGUGCAGAAAUGUAUACACUGAUGAAGGCAUUAUUCUUUACUCAUUAAAAUAAAUAUAUAUCAGUUAGCACCAAGGAUGAGAUGUAGAUGAAGAAGCAGACAAGUUAGUGAAAGAUGUUGAAGUUGUUCUUAGUUUGUACAUUCUGCUCUCAUGUGGUGCUUAAUAUGCUUUUAUGAUGCCACUCAAAGCACUGUGAGUGUGUAAAUUUCUAAAGAAUACUUGAUUGAGAGUUGGGAACUUAAUUAGUUCAGGAAAAUCUUGCCAUGUGAGUGCCUCCAAGGUUUGAAAUCUUCCAGUUUCAGGCUUUGAGUUGUUUAGUCUCUAUUAAGGUACCAGCUGAAGGUUAAAUCCUUCCAUGAUUUAAAAAAAAAAUCUUUUUUUUUUUUUUUGUCAUCAUGUUGAAUGUAUUAGUGACUUCUUUACUUAUUUUCCAUUACUGUUAAACACUACAAUCUGCCAAAGCUCUAUUCUUCUCUUCCCAAAUUAAACUCAUUAAAUAUCGCCAUGUGGUAUUAAAUGAAUUAUUUUGUUGUCAUUCAAACCAGUCCAUCUUCAUUUUCCGUUGGUAUUUUUUGUUGUUUUACUUUUCAUUUUCAGUACAUAGUAUGUAGAAGGUUAGUUGAAGUAAUUCCUGAUUGUGUUUUUCUUUUAUGUCUGUUGCCUUUUGAUAUUGUAAAAAUGUAAGCGGGUUGAUGUAGAUCCAUUUAACUUUACCCAAGGACAAAGUUAAAUGAAGCAACGAGCAUGCGGGGUGUACUGGUUAUGCCUCUGCACUCUUGUAAUCAUCAUCCAACCAGCUAUAGCUUUGUCAAUGAUUCAUAUGCAUUUAACCUGCCAAACCGUCUCAUUCAAGAGAUAUACAUCCACUCUGUGACAUGCAAAAUUUCAAUGUGCCUUUGUUUUGUUUUUGCAAUAAAAAUGAAUGAUUUUUUUUUU